UCUCUCUCUCUCUUUCUCUCUUUUUUUUUUCAAACCAUACAACGAAAGCCCUACGCCAAGGAGGUAUAAUCACAACACAGUGAAUCAUUCAUAAGGAUACUUUUUAGAUCAAGAGAAUUAAAAAGGAAGAAAGAAAAAGUACCCUCGCACGAUCUAUCUUUUAUUACUGGUGAAACAACUUUUUUCCCUUUUGCAAUCACCAAAAUAUCAUGUCUAUACAAAACAACGUCCCAAUGGCUGGAAUGAAUCAAUCACUGGGUCAACGACAACCACAAGGAUAUGCGCAAGGACAAGGAGGACCUGAAGACGUUGAGACGGUGAGACGGAAUUACCGCGAAGCCUUGUACGAGCUUACGUUCAAUAGCAAGCCAAUCAUCACCAACUUAACCAUCAUGGCCCAAGAGAAUCAAUACGCUGCCGGAGCGAUUGUACGGGAGAUUGAACAACAAAUUAGACAUAAUGCAUCCGGUCAAAAACUUCCUGUACUGUAUUUAAUUGACUCGAUCUGUAAGAAUGUGGGAGGUGUUUACAUCGAGUACUUUGCACGCGACAUUGCCUCCACUUUCCUGGAUGCGUACACCGUCACCGAUCCAAACACCCGUCGAAGCUUCGAACGCCUAUUGCAAACCUGGAAGAGCGGGAUGCCAAACGGUGCGCCUGUAUUCUCUAGACAGAUCAUCGAAUCCAUCGAACGCCCGCUUAACUACAUACGCUCAAGAAAUCAAACACAACAGCAGCAGCAUCAACAACAACAACAACGUCCACAUCCGCAUCAACAACAUUAUCCUCGUCCUCAACAACAGCAUAACCAUCAAGCACAGCAGUAUCAGCAACCAAGAUUCGCACAAUCGCCCCAGCAACAAGCUGCGUCGCCACGCAACCAACAGAUUCAUGUCAAUCCAAAUUUCGUUCCCAAGCGCGAUCCAAGAGAUCCGCGUAGUCGAAGCACGUACUCGCCUCAAGAACGUCAGUCGAGACCAAUGCCUCCGGUAUCGCAACCACCGGCUCCUACACAAUCUCCAUCGUUAGAGGCUCCUACCAACGACAUUCUGUCAACUUUGCAGUCAAUGUUACCUCCACCCUCCUCGUCGCAAGUCAUGAAUAUUACUGCACCCGCCACUGCAGGCGCCAAUAGUGACAAAGGAACAUCAGAUCCUGUUGCACAAUUGGUUUCACAGAUCCAAUCCAUCCUUCCUUCAUUACCACCCGACCAGUCCGGCGCUAUACAAGAAUUUCUCAAUCAAAUACUCGGCAGCAACGCUGCCCUGAGCCAAGCCACGAUCGGUAACAUGCUUAACAACCUUCCAUUCUCGAUGCCACCUGUUAGCCCACCUGUCGUCGCCAGCACGCCUCCGGUGAUAGCACCCCCUCCGGCACCGGCAACAUCUAUAGUAGGUAAUAUAACCCGAUUAGCCCAUUCACCACCGGUUUACAGAGCACCCGCACCACCUGUAACCACAGCACAACCACUACCAGUACCAUCACCCGUACCACCACAGGCAGUAGCAGCACCGCAGCCACAGCCACCCGCUGCUCUACCGAUAAACACAGCUGAGCUUUUACAAGGAUUGACAUCGAUGGGUAUCUUGAGCAGUGGCGGCAAUUCUGCUACGCCACCACCAACGACAGCAGCAACAACUACUGGUAAUAAUACCGCCAGUGAUAAUGCCGCUAUGGGCUCCCGUGCUGCUGCUGCUGCUGCUUCUGCUACUGCUGCUGCCAGUGGUGGUUCUAGUGGUGCGGGUUUAAUCUCUGACAAAGGUCCAUCGGCUGCAUUAAAAGAACUCGGUGCUUUCCGACUGGAAAGCAAAGAUCUACAAAUUGUACGUCCCGGCGCAGUUGAGUUGCUGUAUUCGGGUCUGCCGCUACAGUGCAAGCAAUGUGGUUUCCGAUAUCCAAAAACUCCCGAAGGCCAGAACAAGAUGGAUGCGCAUUUGGACUCUCAUUUCCGGCAGAACCGGCGUAUGAAAGAACGUGUCAAGCGGGGAUUGUCAAGAUCAUGGUUUGUCACUGAAGAAGAAUGGAUCAGUGGGUCAGGCGGUGAAUUGACAAGCCAUCAAGCACCGGCGUUCUUGACGGAUAGUACUGCAAAUGAAGUGAAUAUGGCAUCGCCAUCCGCCGGCGGAACAACUGAUACAGUGAAUCCCGAAAGCCAUAUGGUCGUCAUGCCCAAUGAUGAAAAUAGAAAACCUUGUCCUAUCUGUGGAGAGCGGUUCGUCGAUUUCUGGAAUGACGAUGAAGAGGAAUGGAUGUACAAAAAUGCAGUGAUGGUCGAUGAUACGAUAUACCACGCAACCUGCCAUGCAGACGCUGUCAAGAGUGGAACAUUGGUUGGUUCUGACGAGCCAGAAGAUACUGAGAUGGCAGAGUCUAGUCAGGGCAUAAAGCGCAAGGCUGAAGAUGAAGUAAGCUAUUUAUAGGCCCACUAAUCCAUGGAAAUGAAGGCAGAGUUCUUUUUGGUACUUAUUAUCUUUCUUGACAAUAGGACAUGGUGAAAGAGGAUGUAAAAUCAGCUCGGAUCGAUGAAGAACAAAAUCAGUAACUAUAGUGGUGAAUACAAUAAAGAAAAAGUUGGGAUUCAUAGCACCCCAUCAUCACAAUCAUUUUAAUAGAUAGAUUGAUUGUUCCUUCUAUCCCUUUUCACAAUUUCUCCCAUAAUCAUUUAAAUAUUGAGUAUACCAUACAGUAUAUAUAUUUAACCUUUAUCUUUGUUAUGUUUUCUCAUUGUAAGCAAUUGUUUCUCAUUACAAUAUUCCUGAAUGUGUAUAUCAG